CUUGGAGCUGCCCAGUAAGAACAGCAUGCCUGCCUACUGGAACUUGGCCUUUGCAAUCUGCAUCUUAGAAAUACACGUCCUCACUGCAGAGCCCACUCCCAGUUAUGGAAGAGAACCAACAGAAAGGAGUGACCCUCUAUUGCCCAUUGACUGCAGAAUGAGCUCCUGGAGUGAAUGGUCGCUAUGUGAUCCUUGCCUCAACCAAACGUUUCGUUCAAGGAGCAUUGAGGUCUUCGGACAAUUUAAUGGGAAAAGUUGUGUUGACACUGUGGGAGACAGACGACAAUGUGUGUCCACGGAACCCUGUGAAGUCAAUGAGAAUGACUGCGGGAAUGAUUUUCAGUGUGAUACAGGCAGAUGCAUAAAGAGGCGACUUCUGUGUAACGGUGACAACGACUGCGGAGACUUUUCAGAUGAGGAUGACUGUGAAAAUGAUCCACGUACCCCCUGCCGUGACAGAGUGGUAGAAGAGUCUGAGCUGGCACGGACAGCAGGCUAUGGGAUCAACAUUUUAGGGAUGGACCCCCUAAGCACACCUUUUGACAAUGAGUUCUACAACGGACACUGUAACCGGGACCGGGAUGGAAACACUUUGACAUACUACCGAAGACCCUGGAACGUGGCUUCUCUGGCCUUUGAAACCAAAGCUGAUAAAAAUUUCAGAACUGAGCAUUAUGAAGAACAAAUUGAAGCAUUUAAAAGUAUCAUCCAAGAGACAAUAUCAACUUUUAAUGCAAAUUUAGCUCUAAAAUUUACACCCACUGAAGUAAAAAAAGCUGAAGAAACUUCUGGGGAUAAAGAUUCCUCCAAAUCUAUACACGCCCGGGGUAAUUUCCAAUUUUCAUAUAACAAAAAUGAAACGUAUCAAAAAUUCUUGUCAUAUUCUUCAAAGAAGGAAAAAAUAUUUCUGCAUGUGAAAGAAGUGGUUCAUCUGGGAAGAUUUGUAAUGAGAAAUCGGGAUGUUACACUGACAACAACUUUCUUGGAUGAUAUUAAAGCUUUGCCAACUACCUAUGAAAAGGGAGAAUAUUUUGCCUUUUUAGAAACCUAUGGAACCCACUACAGUACCUCUGGGUCUCUAGGAGGAUUCUAUGAGCUAAUAUAUGUUUUGGAUAAAGCUUCCAUGAAAGAAAAAGGUGUUGAACUAAGAGAUGUAAAGAGAUGUCUCGGGUAUCAUUUGGAUUUAUCCCUGGGUAUGUCUGGAAUCUCUGCUGAGGCUAAAGUUGAUAAAGAUGAUUGCUUAAAGAGGGGUGAUGGUAAAACUGUGAACAUCGUCCGUGAUAACCUCAUAGAUGAUGUUAUUUCACUUAUAAGAGGUGGAACCAGAAAAUAUGCAGAUGGACUGAAAGAAAAGCUUCUCAGAGGAGGCACGAUUGAUGUGACUGACUUUGUCAAUUGGGCCUCUUCCGUAAACGAUGCUCCAGUGCUCAUUAGUCAAAAACUGUCUCCUAUAUAUAAUCUGGUUCCAGUGAAAAUAAAGGAUGCACACCUAAAGAGACAAAAUUUGGAAAGAGCCAUUGGCGACUAUAUCGAUGAAUACAGUGUAAGAAAAUGCUACCCAUGCCAAAAUGGAGGCACUGUGAUUCUGCUGAAUGGACAAUGUUUGUGUUCCUGCCCAGUUGCAUUUGAGGGAAUUGCCUGUGAAAUCACCAAACAAAAAAUUCCUGAAGGAUCACCAGCCAACCCAUUCACCCAUAGAGAAUAG